AUGUUCCUAACCACAUAAAUAAAGAAUGUGUCCUAUAUAAAAAGAAGCCAUUGUGAAACCAAAGAAGAGAAAUAGAUUUUUUCUGCCAGAGUCAAAACACAAAGACGAAAGUAGCCUCAAAAAAAGAGAAUUGAAUCACAGAAAACUGGCCACGAAAAUUAUCCUUGUCCUGCAACUUGCACUUUCCUCACCUCUUGCUUCACCUUAUUUCUGUGUCCCAAAGAGAAAAAAAAACAUAAAAACAAAACCAAAAGAGAAACAACAAAACAAAAACUCAAAAGAGUGAAUCUAAUGGGAAAGAAGUGUGAUUUAUGCAACGGUGUUGCAAGAAUGUACUGCGAGUCAGAUCAGGCGAGUCUCUGCUGGAACUGCGACGCCAAAGUUCACGGCGCUAACUUCCUCGUCGCUAAGCACACUCGGUGUCUUCUCUGCAGCGCCUGCCAAUCACCGACGCCGUGGAAAGCCUCAGGCCUCCGUCUCGGCCCGACCUUCUCCGUCUGCGAUUCGUGCGUCGCUCUUAAAUCCGCCGCCGGCGGUGGCGGUGGAGGAGGAGGUGUUAGCACCGAUCAGAGUCAGGAGGUCAAUGAGGGUGUUCAGCUCAGGCGCCGGGAUGAUGACGGUGAUAGCGCCGAGUCUUACGACGAUGAUGAGGAUGAAGAUGAAGAUGAGGAGUACAGUGAUGAAGAUGGAGAGGAGGAUGAUGAGGAAGCGGAGAAUCAAGUGGUGCCGUGGUCUGCUCCGAUGAUGAGUUCGUCAUCUUCUGACGGCGGAGGUGGAGAUCUGGCGGCGAAGAGGACGAGAGAGUGCUCCGAUGAGGAGAUCGGAUGUUCAUCAACUCAAGAGUCUCCGCCGUUGAAACGACCGUCAAGAGAUGAACCGGCGUUCAGAUUAGAAGGAGAGAGAACAUUGAGCGGCGCCGUUAAUUCGUCGUCUUCUCUCAUCUCUAAAACGAGGAGUAAUCUCAGCCGUUGAAAUUAUCCUCUUUUUUCUUUGGUACAUCAACACCGUUCUUUUUCUUAAAUUCUAACAGUACUUGUUUUAGUGAGGAAGUUGUGUCUUUGUACUCUUGUUUGUCGUACAGAAUCAAAUAUUAAACAUUUGUAUUUGAUCUUUUUAAAUAUCAUUUUACUGUUUUUUUUUGUUGUAAACUGGUUUAUUAUCGUUGAUUUUUAAUCUAAGUAACUAAUUUGGAUUCUUA